AUGUGAGCUGGGCAAGAGAAUUCUUGUUCAUCCAGUUUGUCAGUGGUUUCAGAAGGGUUACAGUAGCUUUACUCUUUACUCUAAAGGAUUGCCACUCACACUCCUGAUAAUGCUCCAAGAUGAAGUGGAUUCAACUUUUGAUUCCAUGUUUACUGAUUUCAACUAUUACCUGUGGUUCCCACUCUCUGAAGUUCUUGUCUACAGGACGUGUGCAGCCUGGAGAUCAGCCUUUAGUUGAACAACUAACUGUAUUUGAUGGAGUUCCCAUCUCUUACUGUGACACCCUGACGAAAAGAGAACAACUCAAACCUACCCUGGAGUCCCAAAAGUUACCUGAAAACUGUCAUGAAGCAUGGGAAAAUAUCAUAGACUCUCUCAACAAGAUUCCAAGAUUAAUGAACAGCACAGUGUAUGUUGUACAGCGGCGGCGGGGCUGCAUCCUGUCAGCCAAUGGGAUGGUGUUUGCUUUUGAAGCCUGGGCAGUAAAUGGGAUGGACUUCAUAAGCUUUGACCCUGAAUCUCAGAGAUGGACCGCCCAGUCUCCCUCUGCAAGACCAGUGGAACAACUCUGGAACAAACAGAUAGCAAUGAAUCAUGUCUAUAGACGCUUCAUUAAAGAGGAAUGUCCACAGAUGAUCCAGGAAAUUAAAUUAAGACCAAUACAGCAGGAAACAGAGCUACGUGUUUUUGCCAAGCCCAUUGUUGACACAGACCAGGCACUGCUGAGGUGUCAUGUGACGAGUACUGACAAAUCAGUGAGCUCGGUGCAUCUGAUUGGAAACGGGGCUUCCAGGGCCAGUUGGAUCAGGGUAACUGGACCGAUGCCUGCUGAAGACGGAUCCGUGAUCCUCCGACUGACAGCUAAGAUCUCUCAGAGCCGAAACACUGUCACGUACGGCUGCACAGUACAAACAGGAAGUCACAACAUCACCGUCUUUUGGGAUGGGAAUACUGUUGAUGGCAGAAACCUUCUUGAUAACUCAAGAGUGUUUUGGAAAAUCCUGCUAGUAAUCCUUGGAGUCGUCUGCGCUGUGUUUAUAAUCGCUGGUAUAUACCGUGCAAUCCGAUAUCUGGUUAAAUGUGUGAAAAUGAAGCCCAGUCCUCCUUCAAGAGUUGAUCCACAGCUGGUUGAGCAGUUUACCAGGAUGAUGGAGAGUGUUGCUUCUCCAGAUCUGCAGAGCGUUAUUUUUUCAGUCACACAAGGGAGAGAGGGAAACAGAAAGUCCCACGAGCAGUGGGAGAUGGUCGUUUUGUUAAGGGAUCAAAGUCACUAUGACCCAGAGUACUUUGCUGAUAAAAUUGAGGGGCCACAGCGAUAGUUAAUUGAGGAAUAGAGCAGGGAAUUUGAAAUUGUAGAAAGACAAACAUAAAUAUUUAAUAUCAACUGUGAACAUCAGGUUUUACUGUCAGUCCCUCAGAGACGCUGUUAUUUUGCACUGAAUCCAUUAAUUACAGAACUGUGUUCAUCAUUCUCUACAGUGACACAUUUGAAACUUUAGAAAUCCCAGUGGUUUUGCAUCAUUAUUGCAAACUUGUAAGGACAACACGUCAUUUUUCAUAAUGAUCAACAGUGAAGAAUUGCAUUGUGGACGUUCACACAGAUUUCGGACACUUCAAUACAACGGUCCAACGUAAAUAUGGUGAACCAUGCAGCAAAGAGGGAAUGAUUUUGGACACAGCUGCACUUUCCAUUUAUCAUGGCCGUUAAUAUGUACGUUAUUGAAGAGGCUACAAAACACAGGCUUUAAAGCUGGGGGAGAGUUAAGGUGGGAAAAUAGAAGACUUUCACCUGGGAAACUGAUGUUCCUGUCCCUGAAAUACUACUUAAGAUGACCGGUGUAUGAACGCAAACCAAAAACUUUUUUCUUAUCCUGACAAGUUUUUUGGUGCCUAAACUUAGCAAACUAUGACAUUUACAAGAAAUGUGUCUACUGUGAAUACUAAAAGAGCCAUCUCACUUCAGUUUAGAAUAUUUGGGCAUUUGGGUGGAUGAUAAGCUGUCUUUUAAACCACACAUAACUGAACUUGUAAAGAAAUUAAAGCCAAAAUUGGCAUUCUUUCAUAUAAAUAAAUCUUGCCUCACCCAAAGUUGUAGGAAACUGAUUGUUCAAACUACGUUUCUAUCAGUUUUAGAUUACGGGCAUGUCAUUCAUAUGCAUGCAGCUUCCUUUACAAAGCCACUUGAUGCGGUUCAUCACUCUGCCCUUAGAUUUAUAUCUGGUGACGGAUUCAGAACUUACCGCUGUCUCCUUUAUCAAAGUGUUGGCUGUACUUUUCAUGAUGCACUUUAUUUAUUUACAAAGCCUUGCUUAAAAAAAUUGCCUAUAUGUUUAACAAGCUUGCUGAAUUUUAAAUCGUAUCACUACAGCACUCGCACUAGUGAUUCCUUGGUCUUAAAUAUUCCAUUUGUUAGGACAGAAUUUGGCAAAACUGCAUUUGAGUAUUAUGCUCCAUAUAAAUGGAAUUAGCUGCAUAUUCUAAAGAAAUUAAACAGCCUGAUUCCAUAUAAUCACUUUAAAUGUCUUCUUCAUGACCCUAUGUGUUCUGAAUGUAGAUGUGCACUUUAAGUUGUUUAACAUUCUGUAAUUGUUUUGUGUGGGUACUGUGUAUUGCAACUGUAUAUCAUAUAUAAACUAUGUUCAGUAAUUUUUAUAUACAGUAUAUUGUCAUUUUAUACGGCAUAUACUCAGUGUGUCAUUGAAAAUAAGAGCUUGCUCUCAAUUGGCCCUCGGUGAAUAAAUCCCGCCAGUCGCAGAUAUUUCAUAGGAUAAUAUGCAAACCUCUUGUUAAUGUUAAUAUGUUGUUCUCUUUUUUGCUACUGUGUGUAAAUCAUGUUUAAACAAAGCUAAGUAUUGUUUUCUAUAUUUUACAGCUAUUUUAUUUCAACUUUUCUACCAUCAUAUGUAGCGUUUACCAUGUGGUAUAAUAAUAAAAUCUAAAAUCUUUUCUGAGA